CCAUCUACCCACUCCCUCACACAUCAAUAUUCUUUCCUCUAAACAAAUAUUUUCCAACCCUUUCCUUCUUCAUCAAUGGCCUUUUCUCAAGAAGUUGAAUCCCCGUCUCCCUCUCUGGUUUUUCAAGUACGAAGAAACCAACCAGAGCUAAUCAUUCCAGCCACACUCACUCCCCAUGAAACCAAGCUACUAUCCGAUAUAGACACACAAGGUGGUCUUCGUGCCAAUGUUCCAAUCAUACAAUUCUACCGUAACAAGCCAUCAAUGGCAGGAAAAGAUCCAGUUGAAGUCAUAAGAAAUGCAAUUGCACAAGCACUUGUGUUUUACUACCCACUUGCUGGUAGAGUUAAGGAAGCUGAUUCUAGUGGUAAACUCAUGGUGGAUUGUAAUGGAGAAGGUGUUAUGUUCAUUGAGGCAGAUGCUGAUGUAACACUUGAACAAUUUGGGGAGCUUAAAGCACCUUUUCCAUGCUUACAAGAACUUCUUUAUGAUGCUGCUGCUCCGGAGGGAGUUCUCAAUACUCCCAUCCUGCUUAUACAGGUGACACGUCUGAAAUGUGGUGGUUUCAUUUUUGCUCUCCGGUUCAACCACACUAUGGUAGACGGAGUUGGCACAGUUCAUUUCAUGUUAGCAGUCACAGAAAUAGCAAAGGGUGCAAAACAACCUCCGAUUCAACCUGCGUGGCAUAGAGAGCUUCUAAACGCAAGAGAUCCUCCACAUGUCACAUUCAACCACCGCGAAUACGAACAACUAACUGAUGUCCAAACUGAUACCGUUUUAACGGCAACAGAAUUUUCAGAACGAUCUUUCUUCUUUGGACCUGUGGAGAUAUCUGCAAUACGAAACCUACUUCCACGUCAUCUCGACAACGCAUCAACCACCUUUGAAGUCCUCACAUCGUACAUUUGGCGUUCCCACACAAAAGCUUUGAAAUUAAACCCAACCGAAGAGGUUCGAAUGAUGUGCAUCGUGGACGCACGUGGUAAAUUCAACCCUCCCAUUCCAGUUGGUUAUUAUGGAAAUUGUUUCGCAUUCCCAGCAGCGGUUGCAACCGCUGCUGAGAUAUGUGAAAACCCGUUAGGGUUUUCAGUUGAGUUGAUAAAGAAAGCUAGUGGGGAAGUGAGUGAAGAGUAUAUGCAUUCUGUGGCGGAUUUAAUGGUGACUAAAGGACGACCAUUGUUUACUGUUGUGAGGUCUUGUCUUGUGUUGGAUACGACUUAUGGUGGAUUUAGAAAUUUGGAUUUUGGAUGGGGGAAGGCAGUGUAUGGUGGACUUGCUAAACCUGGGGCUGGGAGUUUUCCUUCGGUGCAUUUUCAUGUUCCUGGCCAAAAUGCAAAAGGAGAGGAAGGAAUAUUUGUUUUGAUUUCCUUACCUACUAAAGUUAUGACAGCUUUUGCCAAAGAGUUGGAUGACUUAAUUGCAGCAACAAAUUAAGCCACUUUAUCUAUUUUUAGAAUGUCUAUUUGAAAACGCAAAUAAUAAAGUCUGAGAGUGGUUACGUUGUUUGCAUUCAAGCUCUUUGUUUAUGCAAUGGUUGGCUUUUGUGGAUUUGGUUUUCCUCCUCCUAGGACGCCAUAAUAGAUCAGGAUCGUCCAAUUUAGAUCAACGACUGAUAUCAUUCAACUGUGUUAAACUAAUCUAGACCAUCCAUUUUGAUAUUAAUGGUUGAGAUUUAUUAUUGCCUCAAA